CCGGUAUUGGAUAUCCGGCCGGUCCGACCCUAAACCCUUACAACGUUGGUACUAUUAACUAAGCAACACGAAAAUGACUCUCUCAAAUCGAAAAGAAAAAAAAAAAAAAAGGGUAUAAAUGUGUUCCAAUGAAGGCCUGAACUGAAAGCCACCCGCGUGUCCAGAGUAUCAGACAAAAAACGAUUUUGUUUUAAUAUUUAGAGACACCUUUUCAAUAAAUUCUUCCCCGUCCCCAGAGAGAAGAAGAAGUGUGAUACUCUAUGCAGAUCUGCUGCAAUUGGGAAAAUUUUGAAUGAUUCCAUCAAUCAAUAGAGAUUCCCAUUUUUUUUUUCUUUGUUGAUUCAAUACCAAAAUAUAUAUAGAGAUAUAUAACCUAUAUACGAUAUCUAACCAUAACGUACCCUUUUGUACUCACUCUCUCUAGUAAGCCUCUCUCAUUACAACUUUUACAGCAACCCCUUUUUGUUUUUAUUUGGAAAGGGGGGGUACCAGUUUUAGUGUACAUAUAUAUACAGGUGUGCUCCACAUUUCCUGAGGGGAUAGAUAUAGAGGGUUGUGUUUGGUUUGUGAAGAUAGAGGAGAAAAAAUGUUCCAAUUUUUACUCGGGAGUUGCUAUCCAAGGGCUCUGUUUGGAGUUUAUGUCGGACUGGUUUGUGUUGAUGGCUUUCUUGCUGUUAUUUCCUUUCUUCAGUUAUUGCGGAUUCAUUCAAGAAAUUUACAAAUUGGCUGGACCCGACAGAAAGUUUUUCAUCUAAUGAUUGGGUCGUCUAAUUUAGGUUUUGUCCUGUACUUUAUCUUGAGCCUUGUUGCUGCCUGCAAGGACUGGGCAUCCUGGUCACAUAUAUGUGGCUUCAUAAUCAUGGCUUUCCCGCAGAUCAUAUUCUUUGCCGCAUUUCUGCUACUUCUCUCAUUCUGGGUUGAUCUUUGCCAUCAGACUAACGAUGAUGAAGAUGAUGAUGAUGGAUAUUAUUCCCGCGAAGCUCUUUUGGAAAAGACAAAUAAAGAAAAUGCAGUUGUUCAUCAUAGUAGAAAAUGCUGUUCGCUUAGGGCACUUCAAGUUGGUAGCCGCCAAAAAAUUGUGAUUCUGGUGAUCCUGUUAAUUUUGGUCCUAAUGGUUACGUCUUCUAUGCUGAUGUGGAUUGGAAAGGGAGACAAUCCUAUCGAUUCAUCCUUGGUGGCCCGGGUAUAUGUAGAUCUCUUUUCUGCAAUAGUUCUUUCCCUUGGGGGAGCAUUAGCUGGUUAUGGGCUUGUAUUAUACCUGAAGAUGAGCAAAGUAAGAUCUGACAGGGUCUCUUCUGAAAAAAAGAAGGUUGCUGGAUUGGCCAUAGUUUCAGUCCUUUGUUUUUCUUCAAAUGCUGUUGUUGCUGUUUUCACAAAUAUACCUCUUCUCUAUGACUGGAAUCAGCAGACUCUUGGUGGUGUUUAUACCUCUCUUCUUCUACUUUUGUAUUACUUUUUAGGUACGUCUGUACCUGCUGCCUCUCUACUUUGGGUGAUGAGAGAACUACCACCACCACUUGUAACGAAUAGAGAUGAAGAAUCGAGAAUGAUCGCUUUCAUCAAUGAUGGCUCAGUGACUGCACAUCCACAGCGCUGGGCUGCUGCUGCAUGUUUACAGAAUCAGGUUAAUCUUCUUACCUCUGUUUUCUGUUACCGUCUUUAACUGUGCUAAUAAAAUUGUUCGUGUUCGCUGUACCAAAAAAUAAACUAAAAAUUGUACAUGUUCGGCUAUAUUUGCUUGGAUUAAUGUACUUCCAUUUCUCUGUAGGAAUAUGGGAUCUUUAUAUGCAUAUAGUCUAAGCUACCCACCCGUCUGUAUUUUUCACUCAAGACAUGAAAUGCUGAAGUUUAUGAUUUUUUAUGAUUUGACCUUCAUAUGGAUAGUGGAAAGAAGGCUCUAGAAUGAGAGUCGGAAACCUGUUUGCUUGCUGAUGCAAUGCAAUCCAUUUUUUACAAUUUGACUCAUUGAAUUACUAGUAGUUUUGGAUAUGAGUGUUCACAAUUUCUCUAUGGCACCAGCUUGCUAAGUCAGUGAAGCUGUAAUGAUUUUGGUAAACCAAGAGACAUCCCAGUCCAUAAACAUAUGUUAAUGAGGACCUUCAAUGGACUCAUAAUAUUAAGAGACGGACAAAGCAUGUGUUUUGAAGCAUUUUGUGACUACCUUAACUCUGAUGGAAAGAUUUUAAUGAACAUUGAACCUGCUGCUAUUGCUACAUGCAAUAUGGUUGACAAAAUUGCCCUUCUGUAAUAUGAUCAACCUCUGGAAUUCAUUCUAUUUAUCUUUCUUUUUCUUCAUAAAAUCGCAUUUGACGGAAGUCAAUAUUGGGAAAUUUUAGAUAGUUUAUGUUUCUCUUGACUCAGGGACUUAGCAAGAAGUUCAAGAUAUUGACUGUUAUCACUGAAAUUACGAGUUGUUUUUAUCACACCUUUUAAAAAAUAACAUAUUCCUUAUAUUUGUGUGCACUCCUAUUCUGAUAUUAUCCUCUGAAGUCUAAAACAACAGCUUUCUCUGCAUGUUUAUAACAUUGACUAUCUUUUGUCUUUAAGAAUGAAGGAAUGCAAUGGCUAUUCUGAUCUGGCAGACUGGCUUAUUUUCAUCAUGGGAGUUUUAGUUAUCCCUUUUCAAGUAGAUCUAGCUAACUUGUGGGUGGCAUCUUGCGAAGAGUGGUAUAAAUGGCUGAUGAUCUUCUGUUUGUAAAUUUUAUGUUCACUGCAGGUAUCAAGAGCAAGCCCUAUAUGAUGGUAUGAAGUGUAGAAUCUUUGCUUCAGAGAUUUACCAGUUUCAAGUCUAGACAGGAUGAAAAGGUGACCUUAAUGACAUCCUGUCCAAGGCACUCGGAUAACAGUCGUAAGUCUGCCGAUGCCGAAGCCCCGAUAACUUAGGCAUGUAUAUAUAGCAACAGGUCACAGAAGUCAAUCAUUAGAGAGAUAUGAGUGUACUGUUAAUAUAUGUGCAAGGAAUCUGAACCAGAUCGCUUCAUGUACAAAUGUUCUUGAUUAUUCUAUGGUGAUCUUUAAAAGUUUUAGAUCUUCAGAAGGGUUUAUUAUCACCUUGAGCUACUCCUGCAUGCAUUUUUAGUUGUGUCAGAUAUUUCGUUAAGUACCGUGCU